AUGCUGUCCUCCUUUAGCGUCGGUGCGGUUGAGGUGCUGCACACUCUGAAGGAGCAGAUCGAGCACCUGCACACGGCGCACCCAAGGGCAAGAGCUGGUGUCGACGCUGCAGGACGGAGUUCGACAGCAAGCAGGCCAAUGCGGAGCACCGUCACGGAGUGCAAGCGGGUCAACGCGGCCGGUGUGUGCGGCCGGUGCGGUAAACACGUCAAGCACCUGAAGACCCACAUGAGGACGCACGACUCGCCCAACAAGCGGAAGCGGGAGCCGGUGAUAGGGCCCGACGGCAAGAUGGUGAGCGCCUCGCUGGCAGGCGGGGUCUGCAACAUCUGCAAGAAGUUUGUCUCGCACAGGCUAAAGCGACACGUGGACUCCCACAUCCAGCAUCCGUGCCCCAUCUGCAAGAAGCUCUUCAGCCGGGAGGACGUGAUCGCUGGACACAUCAAGCGCGUGCACAUGGAAGGAGCGGCCUUACGUCUGCAACCACUGCGGCAAGGGCUUUUGUCUCCCUCUACAGCAUUGCAGCGGCACGAGAUGAUCCACACCAACUCGUACAAGCUUGACGCCAGUCAGUCAGCUGACGCCGGCCGGUCGGCUGUCCGCUGGCUAGAGCUUGACUGGGUCAGCCAGGUUCAGCUGACGUCGGCCGGUCAGCUGACGUUCUACUGCCAGGAGUGCGGCGACGGCUUCCGCCAGAAGCAGCAGCUGACGGCGCACAUGCGCCACAAACACGGCGUGCUGGAGAUCGAGUUCGAGGACGUCACAGAGUCCACGAUCCUGGAGGAGAUGGCCGACGACGCCGUGGCCAACGAACUCAGGUUCUACUGCCAGGAGUGCGGCGCCGGCUUCCACUCGCGCCGCCAGCUAACCGGUCACAUGCGCCGCAAGCACGGCGUCGCCAACGUCGUGUUCGAGGACGUGCAGCUGCAUGUGACCGACCACAUGGUGUGA